AUGCCUCGUUCUUUCCUGGUGAAGAAAGUCAAGCUAGAUGACAUUUCGGCCGCCGAGCUGGAAAGCUCCUACUGUCACGGUCGACGCGGGGAACUGAGCUUGAGAUUCCAUCAUCAUAAAGGUUACGAGCGAGAUUAUCUGACCCCGUCCCCGUACGAUGAUGCGGCGCAGACCGAUUUGCCAUCAAUCUCCAAAGCACCCUCUUCCCCAGCCCGCCCGUCCAUCAUCUACAGCCGCAUCGAUGGGGGCUACUCGGGCGGCCUUCACAGCGACAUCCACGGCGACUCGGACCAGCCGGACAGCCCUCGCUCCGAGGUAUCGUCGGCGGCCAGCGGCUACAUCAACGGGGACGCCGCUAUCGGCGAGGCCUAUGCCGUGGACGCCUUCUUCAUCGUGGACGGCCGCUCGAGACGGAAGAACAUCGCAAGCGCCGACGGGUCAGCUGCGGGUGUCCCGGGUGUCCCGCAGAGGCACUCGUGCGGCGAAUGCGGCAAGACCUACGCCACCUCGUCCAACCUGAGCCGCCACAAGCAGACGCACCGCAGCAUGGACAGCAAAAUGGCUAAGAAAUGCCCGACCUGCGGCAAGGUGUACGUAUCCAUGCCGGCCAUGGCCAUGCAUUUGCUGACCCACGACCUCAAGCACAAGUGCGACGUGUGCGGCAAGGCCUUCAGCCGCCCGUGGCUGCUGCAGGGUCACAUGCGUUCGCACACGGGCGAGAAACCCUUCGGCUGCGCGCACUGCGGCAAGGCCUUCGCCGACCGCUCCAACCUGCGCGCGCACAUGCAGACGCAUUCGGCGUUCAAGCACUACAAGUGCAAACGCUGCGACAAGACUUUUGCGCUCAAGAGCUACCUGAACAAGCACUACGAGUCGGCGUGCUUCAAAGGGGCCUUCUCGCCCAUCGGCUCGCUAGGGGAGUGA